AUGUUCAUUUGUAAGAAGGAAGAGGAGGAGAAGGAGAAGGAGGGAAAUAUCAUGUUGCACCCGAAGCUUCCGUCCCAUGUCUCACAAGCGGACUGGACCCUUCCGCUUCGUGCACGGGCGACCGAGAAGUUAGGUAAUCUGGACCCUGCGCCGACGGAACCCCGCCGUUUUGUUGUGCCCCGCCAUCCCACCUCACCUCACCUCACCUCAGUCAAUCUCAUUGCGCCUGAACGUUCAAAAGCUCAAACACUCGCAGAGCUCGCCAAGUUUGUUUACCAACGUCGUGUCGUUCAACGCUCCAUCCUCCUCAACAACAAGAACGCCUCGAAUACGCAGAAAUCAAGAUCUACCAACAACAUCGAGGAAAGAAGGAAAGGUGACAGAGUUAUGGAAGUCAAGAAUCCGCGCCGGGUGUUGGCGGUCUCGCUUGCGGACUCGACGCAGCAUUUGAGUAGAGUCAUCAAAGACCUCACGGGCACCCACCCAGAACCGGCAUCCACAACCCUCGCGGGCACAACGCACAUCCUCCCCAUCAAGACGAGCUACUACACCGCCGACGUGCCCAUCUGGCUGGAUCUCAUCGACUCCCCGGCCGAGUGGUCCGCCUCCUUUCUCUCGCCCGAGGCCAAGGAGGUCCUCACCGUGCUGGGCGGGUUGGCUGUUGUUUUUGCGCUGCCUUCUUCUCCUUCAUCAUCGUCUUCGACAUCAGCCCCGUUACCGGCAGAUGGUACCACCCCUGCGCCAGCAUCAGUAACAGCACCGGCAACGACCCCCCAGCCCUCGCCAGAGGACACCCGCGCGCUCAUCACCGAGGUCGGGAGGGUCGUUCGCGAAGGGCUCGGCGGGUGGGGAUGGGACGGCGUCGGGUUGGGCAUCGGCGUCGGGGAUGGGACGGCGGACGAGUGGGAGGAUCUCUGCGCUGAGUGGGGACUCGAGUUUGUGCAGGUUCGUGGGGGUAAGAAGGAUGAUGGCCGGAACGAGUUUGGAGGUUCGUCACAUCCCCUUUCUUGUCUCUUCUUUUCCGUUCCUGCUUUGGGCUCUCUCUCUUGCUUCGGAUCAUUCAGUCUGCGGUCCGUCCAUGCUGACAUCCCUUUGCCAGAGAAAAUGGGCAUAGCAAGAGUCCUCGAAGCCCUCGAAUCCAACGACUGGGACGCCGCAGACGACAUGGACGGCCCAUCAGACCUCGAUUCGGACCUCGACACCGCCGCCGGUGAUUUACCCAGGAAACCCAGACCUCUAGCAGGCGGCACCAGCAACGACGACGACGGCGACGACAACGACGAUUUCGACCUCGACGACCCAGAGAACCUGGAUUUCGGCUUCGACAGAGCGGAUUUCGAAGGGCUGAAGAAGGCGAUUUGGAACCUCGAGCAGGAGCCGGAGGAUGAGGAUGAAGUAGUAGAAGGGGGAGCAGCGGACACGGCAAAAGCAGCGAGUGGAAGCGCAGGAGGCGCUGCUACCACCGAGAAACCGGAUUCGGCGAAGACGACGCAAGAGAAGAAGGCCGAGGACGCAGAAAAAGAGGACCUGAACGCCGAGGACGUGGAAAAGAUUGAGCAGAUGAUGCGCAAGCUGCAGGCUGUCCGGGACCUCAGCGCGGGGCUGCCCGAGGACCAGAGGCGGAGGAUGGCGAAGAAGGCCGUUGGGGAGGUGAUGAAGGAGCUUUGA